AUGUGUUCUGCACUGAACCGGCGCAUUAACCGCCCAAGAUCCGCAGCGAACAUUUUUCAGCUCGGCAAACCACCGCAGAGGGACCCGGAGCGCCGGGAGAGUACCGAGAGCGCGCGGAAAGCCCAGCGGGCCGUAGGUGACUGUAGGAUGGUGAGAUAUGAUCUAUCGUGCCGUAUUGGUAGAAGCUAUGGAGUAAUCUCUGUCAUACUAGUAUAAGAGCAGACACUGUAACCUACACAUAUUUUCCCCACAACAAAUUAAAAUGCGCAACCGUGGAUAUUAUAAAUAUAAUUAACCAGAGACACAUUUUUUUUUACCAAGCUACAUUUAUCUGCCAACUAAGUCGUACAUGGGAGUCCAGGAGCCAUAAAGAAAUUAAUUUAAGACUGUCCUUGAAUGGUUUCUUAACGCUUUAAGGUGCGAUAGACGAAAUAAUGUACGUUGCACUCACAAGGGCAUGUCACAAGGAUAGCUACUACAAUAUUACACCAAAGUGCCACAAUUAGUAGGUAUAUAUAUAUAUAUAUAUAUAUAUAUAUAUAUAUAUACCUACUAAUUGUGCAUAUAUACCUACUAAUUGUGGCACUUUGGUGUAAUAUUGUAGUAGCUAUAUAUAUAUAUAUAUAUGUCUUUAUAGUGCAAUAGUGUUAUUAUUAAAGUGUAGGCCUAUAUUGGGCCCUUGAAAACCUAUAGAGCUAUGCAUUGACUUGCUGAAAGGGGUUAUUUGUACAUGUUGCUUCUCAGACUGUCCAAGAAUUCAACACUCUCGUGGCGCUGUACCGAGAACAGGUCAUCUCUAUUGGGGAGAUUUCUGCCGAUUGUCCCUCUUUACGGGCGGUGCUGCACCGUACCAGGACCAAAGGAUGCGCUAUGGCCCAAGCUGCCCAUCAGAACCUCACCGUGAUAUCUGGGUCUGGGUAAGGAAUCUACGUCUACGAUAUACGGAUAGGCUACAGUUUGAUGAAUGUGAUCUGUUGACGUCUUCAAUCGUCACUGGAGCUGUCCAUGGUGCUAGUGUCUGUCAAACCAAGGCGCGCUAUUCGACAGGAUAAUUCAAUACAGUAACAGGGUUGGGGUCAAUUCCAUUUCAAUUCAGAAAGUAAACCAAAUUCCAAUUCCACAUUUUCCUAAAACCCAUUAAAGAGAAUUGGUAUUGGAAUUUCAGUGUAGGCUGCUUCCUGAAUUGACUGUAAUUCAAAUGAAAUUGACCCCAAGCCUGUAGAGUAGCCUACUUGGAAUGUAUGAUACAGUUACUGGACGUGAUAUGUUGACGUCUUCAAUUGCCACUGGAGCUAUCCAUGGUGCUAGUGUGUCAAUCCAUGUUGUGCCCUUCGACAGGACUGCUCUAUAUAGUAACCUGUUUUACCAACGUGCUUUGCUUUAUCAAGAAGGUGCUGUACUAGGCUACUUUUAAAAUAAUCGAAAUUCUGUAUUUUUAACAUUUCCAGGAAAUAAUUUCUACAGUGUUUCUACAGUGGAAAAUAAAAGAAAGUGCACCCCAUUACAUAAAGUGUGAAUAAUCUCACACUUUGACUGUGACACCAGCCUAUAGCCUACUCAUGAAUUACCUGCUCUCUGGUUAGCCAUUAAAGACCCCUCACACCUUCAGUCCCUUUAGAGCAAGGAUGGGCAAUUAGCGCCAGCGGCCCUCUUUUUGUAGGCCCAUGGAUCAACAAAAUUUCACUUCGGGCCCCCAAAAGGCUAGGGUCGGCUCUGACUGCAUGUGUGAGUAUGGAUGUGGGUAUGCAGACCCUCAAGCUACUGUAGCCCCUCAUGAUGAGUUCAGAGUUUUUGUGGCCCCCACCCACAUCAAAGUUGCCCAUCCCUGCUUUAGAGCCAGGGGGAUUCAUGAAGGGCUAGGGUAGAUUUGAAACUGUCCAUUCUCCUACUGUGUGUGUAUGUGCUGUAGGCCAGAGGAUGGGGAGAUCCACCCAGAGAUCUGCCGGCUCUUCAUCCAGCUGCAGUGCUGCCUGGAGAUGUUCAUCACGGAGAUGCUCAAGUCCAUGUGUCUACUGGGGGUGCUGCAGCUCCACAGGAAAGGUGAAAUACCGAUCUCAACCGGCAGAGGGCAGGGUAGUUCAGAUUAUUUUUUUCAGUGCAUCAUAUCAAGAUAGAGAGCAGUAUGUCUACACACAAUGAAAAUAAGUAGCUACAAUCAUGAAACACAUGGCAUCACAGGUUACCCAGUAUUAUAUGUUGAUCAUAUGCAAAUCCCCCUUCCCAGGAAAGUAUUCGUACCCGGAGCCCAGGCUGGACUUCAAGAUGGAUGAGAGCUCUGAUGUACCAAUCCUGGAGGAGCGCUCCUCCUCACCUGUGGACUACCAACAUGAGUCCUGGCUGGUGUGCACCGAUAUUGAAAACAUAGAGAGGUACAGUGUAAUGCAAUAUGCUUACACACUCAUGGUCUCUCAUGGUCAACAGAAAGCCCAGGCCACAUAGUAUUGGACAUUACAAGUUAUAGUAGACGUUUGUGUUUCAGUUUGUGUGUAUGCUUCCUCUGUGACCAUGUAGAGGUGGUAAAUGGAUUUACCCAUGAUUCACCCUGUUUCCUCAGGGACAUGCGAGAGAUGAGAAACCUACUCAGCAAACUUAGGGAGACCAUGCCUUUACCACUAAAAAACCAAGGUAACUAGCAUUUGUACUGUAAGAGUGUGUUAAAUCAUGAAAGAUACAUGAGAUGGAAGGCACUGCACUGUACUCAGGUUCCUCUGUCUGUGUUGUGUCUAGAUGACAGCAGUCUGCUGAAUCUCACUCAAUACCCGCUGGUCAGGCAAAGGAAGAGGCGCUUCUCUGGGUUCUGCUGCCUGGUGUCCGGCUGAGUGCCAGUCGGGUCCUGCAGGCAGCAGCAAGGUCAACACACCAACCCUACCCAACACCUUACAUGUUAUUACUGCCAUUUGGAGAAGGAACUUUGUUUUGAACUAAAAGCUGAUCAGUCUGUCUUUAUUUAGUCAUUUGAUAAUAUGUAGAAAAAGCUAUUCAAAUGUAAUGUUAUGAACAUGCAUAUUUUGCUAUUAUAUUAUUCAAGCUGUCUCUCUUUGUAGAAAAGGAGAACCCUUAGGUCCAUAGGCGAGCACAAACAGAUGUGCAAAACUGAUGCCAUAAGAGAUGCAGUAUGUUGGUAGACAGCUUUGACUAAUCUCUGCCUUUAGACAUCUUCCUCAGAAUGUCAUUAUAUUUCUUCACUGUGCGAUGCUUCUUUUGCAGUCUUCCAUGAAAGGAAAUCUGUCUCCAACUUACGUUUUCCAUCACAAGGGCUUUGCAAUGCUCCAUAUAAAAAACAUUUCUCAUUUAAUGUAAAUACAGUAUAUAAAUGCUGGUCAAAAUUCUGUUUUGGAUGAAACUUUCUUUGAAUAAUUUAACUAUAGA